UGAGCCACCGCGCCGGCAACCAUGGUGGUGGGGGCUCCGGCAGGGGGAGGACGCUGAGGGGUCGCGGUCGCGGGGCGGAGGAAAGCAGGACGCCGAACUGGUGAUUACUUGAAGGACAGGCAGAUGUACAGUAUUCCAAACUGGAAAAUGGCAACAUCCCUCCACCAACUCCAUUAGAGAUCUAAUUCAAACAGGUAAAAGAGAAGUAGAAGUUGCAAGAAGAUGCUUGGAUCAGAACGUGGUGUGGUAGAAGAAUGGCUAUCAGAAUUCAAGGCAUUACCUGAAAUGCAGAUCUCCAGUUAUGCAGCAACACUUCACCGGAAAAAAACAUUGGUGCCAGCUCUUUACAAGGUCAUUCAGGACCCCAAUAAUGAGCUUCUGGAACCUGUCUGCCACCAACUGUUUGAACUGUAUCGUAGUUCUGAGGUCCGUCUCAAAAGAUUUACACUGCAGUUCUUGCCAGAACUGGUCUGGGUUUAUCUGCGUCUCACUGCCAGCAAAGAUAGGCAAAGUAAUGGUUGCAUCGAGGCCCUGCUUCUAGGGAUUUACAAUCUGGAAAUUGCUGACAAAGACGGGAACAAUAAAGUUUUAUCUUUUACUAUUCCUUCCCUAUCCAAGCCAUCAAUUUACCAUGAGCCAUCUACUAUUGGAUCCAUGGCUUUGACUGAGGGAGCCUUGUGUCAGCAUGACCUUAUCAGAGUGGUUUAUAGUGACCUCCACCCUCAAAGAGAAACAUUCACAGCACAGAACAGAUUUGAGGUUCUGAGCUUUCUGAUGCUUUGUUACAACUCUGCUAUUGUCUAUAUGCCUGCCUCGUCGUAUCAGUCACUUUGCAGAAUGGGUUCCAGGCUCUCUGUGUGUGGGUUUCCACGGCAGCAUGAAAAACCCUGGAAGGAAGAUUAUGGCAGGGUGGUACUGGAUCCUGACUUUAUGGUACAGCUGCUCACUGGAGUCUAUUAUGCUGUUUACAAUGGACAGUGGGAGCUUGGCCAGGAAGCACUCAAUGACAUAAUUUAUAGAGCACAGCUUGAACUGUAUUCUCAGCCACUGUUGGUUGCAAAUGCCAUGAAGAACUCGUUGCCCUUUGAUGCUCCGGAUGCAUCACAAGGAGGACAGAAAGUUUUGAAAGUGGAGGUUACACCAACAGUGCCGAGAAUUUCGCGUACAGCCAUUACAACGGCUUCAAUCCGCCGACAUCGCUGGAGAAGAGAAGAUGGCUUUGACUUCUCAAAUGAUGCUGACUUGAGCAUUCCCGGAUCUCCGAUCCUACACGGCUCCACAGACCUAGGGAUCAAACGCAAGCAAGAGGGGGACGUGCUGGUGCUCAGGACCCCUGAGCAUGGCUCACCGGAGCCCAACUUGGCUACAGCCACAACAGAGGAUGCUGAGGGUGUGAAUGGAAGAGAAGAAUCUGUGAACCUUAAUGAUGCUGAUGAAGGAUUUUCAUCCGGGGCAUCCCUGAGCAGCCAACCGGUUGGGUCCAAACCUUUAUCCGCAUCCCAAAGAGGAAGCUUAAGGAAAGGAGCAAGUGGGCGUUCAGUCAAGGAUAAAGAGAUUGCUUCAGCUACCAAAUCCAUGGAGAGCCCUCGAGAAUCUGCCCGUAAGCAGUACAUGCACCAGUCGAUUGAUCUCAGUACAGACCCGGCUGAAAUGACCCCAACAAAGAAACACUUGAGCCUGCCUGCUGGGCAGGUGGUGCCAAAAGCCAGUAGCGUGAGCCUGAUCCGGACUGCUAGUGCUUCUUCCAGUAAAUCAUUUGACUAUGUGAAUGGCAGUCAGGCUGGUUCCAGGGUUGGCAUGGGCGGGGAUGGUGUUACUAACUUAGCUGCCGGCAACACCAAUCGAUUUUCAACCAUCAGUCUGCAGGAGGACCGCUUAGGCCAAGCUGGAAAUGGGAAAGAUGGCCUCUCGCCAGGAGCUCCUCUGACCAAGCAGUCCCGAUCUCCAAGUUUCAAUAUGCAACUGAUAUCCCAGGUUUAACCUCAUUGUCCUUCCUAUACUUUUCCCUUAUACCCAGUCUCUCUUUGAGCAGAACCUGCAGGCCAUCAUCCUGUAGUGUGAAAAUCCUGGCUUUUGUGAGCUCAUUCGAUUCAUUUUAGAUAUCAUACUAUAUUUUGUACUGAAACAGCAAUAAAACCUCGUGUUAUAUUCCUUCCUUUCCCUCCCCCCCCACCCCAGUAAAUGUAGUGGUGAUGCAGUUAUAAAAUGUACUUUUAUGCCUUUUCCAUGCCUUCCUUUCUCCUUGGGUGAUGUGCAAUCCAUUGUAGGAUGAUCCAGUCCCAUUUCAACACUGUGAGUCUUGAGAAGAUCAGAGGAAAUGGUGAAUGUGAUCCCUAUGGAAAUGAAGCUUUUGCUUUCUUUCUUUUUCUUCAAGAAAUAGAAACGGGUUAGUUUUCUCAGUCUACAGUUUCUGCAAAGACUACUGGAUUGUGAUUUCUUUUUUGUGUCUCUUGGAACCAGGAGUGCCUCAGAGAUUCUAGUAGGACUUUGGACCUCUGAGUUAGUGCAAUCAAUUCUGAGGAAGGGAAAUGCUGUCUUUGCUCCUGGUGGCUUAAAUGCACUUUGUAAUAAAUAAAUAAAUAAAUGAGAGUAAUCCUUCAUCUCUACCAUCCUCCACUCUUAUCCCUCAAAAGCUUAAUGUUUAGCAACUGAGGCAUGUGUGUUUUCGUGUUGACGCCCCCUCAGAGAAGAGUGGGCUGUGCUGUAGACAAUGUAGGUUACAAUGCACUUACAUGGCGUUGUAGCCAUAUUUAAUGUUACACGUCUUCCCCCACCAGGACACAGGGUUGCUCUGCCUAUAUGCUAGGACUUUGAAAGAUGAAUUAUGUUUAAAAUAAUUGAGAUGCAUAAAAUGGGCAUACCGACUUUUCUGAAAUUACUAUUCAGUGCUGCUCUUUUGAAAAUAAAGCUAUUUUUGUAAGGUAGUCAUCUCUGAAAUGCAAAAGAACAAGUAUAGAUUGUAAGGUUUUAUGCUGCUUGCUGUGCUGUGACUAUAUAUGGUCACAGAAUAUUUUCAGCAACCUACAGUUAGCCAUGUUCUCCAGCACAGAGUGUCAGGGACAGAGGUAAUGGUUGCUGCAGAGAAUGAGGCAUCAGGAUUCCCUCUAACUCAGUGCCCAAACCCGGGGUUUUUGUGUUUUUCAAGCAAUCUUCUCUAUUGGAAGGAUACCAGUUCACUGCCUAUAUUUUUGGUUAUCCAUUGCAGUUACGCUUAUUUUAUCUAGCUAAUGUAACGGGGGAGGGGAUUACAGACUUCUCUCCCCCUGCUUAACCAAUCUGGGAAAUCAUCCAUUGAAUCUAAUCUUGAAUGCAUGUGAGUGGUGUGUGGGUAAUAUUUGACAUCUGUGCUAUAGAAGAUCAUUGUAUUUCUAUUCUAAUAUAUAUAUUCAUCAUGUUUCAUAUGGUUUUGUGUAUAUAUAAGAAUCAAAUGAGGCUGUUUUGCCUUUUUAUCCCUGUUGUAUAUUGUCCUAGAAAUGUGCAGGUUACUCAUAUAAGGAACAGAUGUAAGUUGCUUUUCCUUGCUGUUUAACAAUUUGGAUGCAUUGUGUGGGGGAAGAAGACUGAGAUGACUAGACACAUAAUAGGUUAUUUUUAGAUGAAUUAAAGACCAUGAUAUUCAGAAUUACCAAGUGCCAUUACUCUGCUAAAGAAUAAUUACUCUGCUAAAGAAUAAUUAAAAUACCUUUUAAAAUGUAA